AUGAUUCACAUUAUUGGCAUGGAAAUAAUUCAAAUUCAUAUGAUUUUUAUGGUUCAACAUUCAUCUCAUACACUUUUACAACAAAAUAAUUUUACUCAACAAGUUUAUCUUAAAUAUAAACAAGAAUGUCUUGAUGAAAAACAUUUUCGUCAACAUGUAUUUGAAGAUUUUCAACAAGAAACUCUUUGUGAUCAUGAAGCUGGUCAAUUAUAUGGUUUAGAAAAAUUCUGGGCAUUUUUAAAAUAUUCUCGAGAAAAACCAAACAUCAAUUCAAAACUUGAAGAAAUUUUAAAAAACUAUAGAAAUCUUGAAGAUUUUCGUGUUGAUGGUGCAUCAUUUCCACAACAAUUUUUUCCAACAAAAUCAAAUUAUAUAUUCGAAGCAAUUGCUGCUGCAGUAGCAAAGAACAGUGAUACAUCAAAUUCAUUAAAACCCAAUGGUGAACAAUAUCUGAACGGUGCUCAUAUUUUUUCAAGUGGAUUUCGAUUUAUUUUAGCUAUUGUUGGUGGUGUGAUUAAUUGUAUGCUUUAUAAUGUUGAUGAUGGUCAUCGAGAUGUUAUUUUUGAUCGUUUUCAAGGUGUUUAA